CUCGCUAGCUGGCUAAAUCCCAGGAGCAUGAAAAAACCAUGACUCUCCUUUACAAAUCCAAAGCCUUUCUUUUGUUCUUGAUCACAAUCUCCGCGCUUACUAGCUUUAUCACUUGCCAGUCACCAACAUACAGUUAUCACUAUUGUUUGGGUCCAGAUAAUGAUACCGCCACUGCUGGUUAUAAAUCUAACCUUACAGAUGUCCUGGAUUCUAUAUCCUCUAAAGCUUCCAAUGACAGCUUUUAUAAUGAUAGCUUGAAUGGAAUUUACAGUCUCUUCCUUUGCAGAGGUGAUGUUUCUAGCGAUGUAUGCCAGGAUUGUGUAAGCAAUGCUACUCAAACACUCACACAAAGGUGCCCUUCUGAUAAAAGUGCAGUCAUAUGGUAUGAUCAAUGCAUGCUACGCUAUUCAAAUAUCAACUUUUUUGGCCUGGUGCGGCUUCUUCCAGGGGUGUUAAUGUGGAAUACUCUGAAUGAUACUUCACCUGAUGAAGGAACUAUCGGUGCCCAAGGAUUGAUUUUCUCUCUAGUUGAUCACGCUCCAUAUACAGAAAAUAUGUUUGAAACAAAGGAAAUGGUAGUGGGAAAUGGACCAGACCGUAGGUAUGGCCUCGUGCAGUGCAGCAGAGAUCUCAAUGUCAGUGCAUGUUCUUCUUGUUUGAGAGACUUGUUAGACCAGACAGAGAAUUGCUGCAUAGAGAAAAGAGGAUGGCGAAUUUUAACUCCAAGUUGCUAUAUAAGGUAUGAGAUGUACCAGUUCUAUGAGCAACCAUCAGCUCCACCACCUGAGAAUGAAGCAGGAGAUGGUAAGGGAGGCAACAGCACAAGGAAGACUAUAAUCAUCAUUGUAUCAUCGUUAGCAGGGGUUUUUGUAUCAGUUCUGGUGGGUUUCUUUUUCUUGUAUUAUUCAUCCUUAGUCAGGAAGAGAAGACAGGAAGGCGAGGGAACAAGUCAAGUGAUUUUGUUAAGAAGUUGUCAAGGAUCAAAGCGUGCAGAUUUGAUGGAGGCAGGUAUUCAUCUAUCAGAUGAGGAUCACAGCGGAGAGCUGCAUCACAUCAAUUUAGCUACCAUACAGUCUGCAACAAACAACUUCUCCAGGGGAAAUAAGCUUGGAGAAGGUGGUUUUGGCCCAGUUUACAAGGGAAAAAUGCCUAACGGGAAGGAGAUUGCAGUUAAAAGGCUUUCAUUGAAAUCAAGUCAGGGUCUUGAAGAGUUCAAGAAUGAAGUGAAGUUAAUUUUUAAGCUUCAACAUAAAAAUCUUGUGAGGCUAUUGGGAUAUUGCUUGGAGGAAGAAGAAAAGCUUCUCAUCUACGAGUACAUGGCUAACACCAGCUUGGAUGCCUUUCUGUUUGAUCCAGAAAAAUGCAAGGUACUAGACUGGGAAAAACGCUCAAACAUCAUUAAUGGAACUGCAAGAGGCCUUCAGUAUCUGCAUGAGGAUUCUCGGCUUAAGAUAAUCCAUAGGGAUUUGAAAGCAAGCAAUGUUUUGUUAGAUGAUGAUAUGAACCCUAAAAUAUCAGACUUUGGAACAGCAAGAAUUUUCGCAGGCAAUCAAAUCGAAGCCAACACUGAGAGAGUUGUUGGCACAUAUGGAUACAUGGCACCAGAAUAUGCACUAGAAGGGUUGUUUUCAAACAAGUCUGAUGUUUACAGCUUUGGAAUCCUAACGCUAGAAAUAUUAAGUGGUAAAAAGAACAGGGGAUUCUACCACCAGGACUGUGGCCAAAGCCUUAUAACAUAUGCAUGGCAGCUAUGGAACGAUGGCAGAGGACUGGAGUUGAUAGAUUCAAACAUUGCUGAUGGCUGUCCUAUUGACGAUGUUGUGAGAUGGAUACACAUUGCAUUAUUGUGUGUUCAGGAUGACCCUGCACUUAGGCCUACAAUGUCAUCAGUUAUUCUCAUGCUUGGGAGCAGAUCAGUUAAUCUCCCCCAGCCAUCAUCGCCUCCAUAUUCUGCAGCAAGAUUUGUUACAACAUCUGAUCUAUCUUCAACUACUCAGACAGAGACAGGGAUUCUAACAUCUGAUCAGUCUUCAACCACUGCAGCUUCCUAGCUCAGAAGAUGAAGUAUUAAAAGAGACAGACUUAAUAGGUGACCUUACAGGUUCUGACUAUAGUUACUUUUGGGGAGAAUGAUGCAUUCUGUGCUUGCAAAUACAAAGAAAAAGGAAGCUCUAGUUAAUUCAUCCUUAACAUUCUUCAUAUAUACUAAUUUUUAGCUUUACUGGCAUAUUUCCAUCCUGUAGAAUUGCUGUAAUGACAAAAAAAGGCAAGUUGCAACAUCACCCGAGAAAAGUCUUUUCCCCAGUUUUGAGAAUCUGUUUUGCCAAGAAAUGUAAAAAACAAUUUUGGUAACCAGUAAAGACAACAGGCUCAUUGUGUAUGCAAAGCUAUGAUAUUCAUGUAAAUACUGACAACAACAUGAAGAUACCCAAGGAAGUGCUGAUAAGCUUAUAUCGAAAAUAUAGAUUAGAAUUCCAAUUACCAGGUAUUUGGUAAAUUACC